UUUUUUCGUUGUCAGGAAGUGUUCAAUAGUCCAUUCAUUUUCUCCACGACUGGAGGAGGGCCCACACGGCCUACAGUCCUUGAGUAACUCAAGCCAACUCCUCUGCCUCCUCCUCCACACAUUCCCGUAUCAGCACCACCAUCAAUCCGCCUUGUCCAGUCUACCACCACCGAAUAUGGCUACGACGCCAUUUCACUCAACCUUACUUCCGAGUAAACUGAGCCCGAGUUCACUCAGCUCAACUCGUCGGAGAGUAGUAUCCUCUCAGUGUAAGUGCAGCUCAGUUUCAGCUCUAAAUAAUGGUCCGAUCCGAGUCAGGACCAGUUCCGUAUCGCCGAGUUUUGGGACUCGGAGAUGGGCUAAGAUGGGAGACCACGAUCAGAGAUUGGAAAAUGAUUUCGGGGAUGAACGAUCCUCACUUAAUUCUAAGGAAGAUAGCCAGGAAGAGGGCGAACUUUUAUCGCCAAAGAUGAGGAGCAGUAGCCAGUACAAUGAUGGUACGACACCAUUGCUGGAGGUGGAAGGAGAAGAAAGAAAAUGGUGGGGGGGAAUGAUAGACUCCAAAGAAGCUAAGGAGCAAAUACUUUAUGCCUUGCCUAUGGUGCUAACGAAUGUGUGCUACUAUCUCAUUCCGCUGGUUUCUGUUAUGUUUGCGGGUCAUCUGGGUCAGCUUCAGCUUGCUGGUUCUACUCUUGCUAAUUCUUGGGCUUAUGUUACUGGUUUUGCGUUCAUGCUUGGUCUAAGUGGUGCACUUGAAACACUAUGCGGGCAAGGGUAUGGUGCAAAACUAUACAAAAUGCUGGGAAUUUAUCUUCAAGCAUCAUGUAUAAUUUCAUUCUUUUUCGCCAUAUUAAUAUCAGCAAUCUGGUGGUUUACUGAACCCAUUCUGAUUUUCCUACAUCAAAACCCUGAAAUCUCUAAAGAAGCAGCUACCUUCCUCAGAUGUCUAAUACCAGCAAUUUUUGCCUUUGGGACCAUCCAAAACAUCUUGAGGUACCUCCAAACACAAUAUGUAGUUUGGCCUACUGUUGUGUGUUCUGUUGUGCCUUUGCUCUUGCAUUUUGGUAUCAACUAUGUGUUGGUUUACUGCACCCCCCUCGGUUUUAGUGGCACCGCAUUGGCUACUUCCAUCACAUUUUGGAUUUCAGCCGUAAUGCUUCUUUAUGUGAACUAUAGUAAAUAUUGCAAGCACACUUGGACUGGGAUUACCAAGGAAUCGUUUCAUCAUGUCAUUGGCAACUUGAAAUUGGCUUUACCUUCUGCUGCUAUGGUCUGUUUGGAGUAUUGGGCAUUUGAGAUCUUGGUGUUGUUGGCUGGCCUGUUUCCGAACUCUGAAAUAACCACUUCUUUAAUUGCAAUGUGCGUUAAUACAGAAGCAGCUGCUUUCAACUUUACAUAUGGCUUGAGUGCUGCAGCAAGCACGAGGGUUUCAAAUGAGCUUGGAGCAGGGAGGCCAAAUCAAGCGAAGCAUGCAAUGGGUGUGACAUUGAAGCUUUCAGUCCUGUUAACUUCUAUUGUACUUCUUGCUCUAGGUUUUGGCCAUGAUGGUUGGGCAGGUUUCUUCAGCGAUAGCACUGAUAUGAUGCGUGCAUUUGCUUCCAUGACACCUUUGGUUUGCAUUUCAAUCUUUCUCGACUCCAUUCAAGGCAUUUUAUCAGCGGUGUGCAGGGGAUGUGGCUGGCAGCAUUUAGCUGUUUACAUAAAUUUGGGGACGUUCUACCUCAUUGGCAUGCCAAUUGCAUGCUUGCUUGCCUUCAAGUUCAAUUUGUAUGUCAAGGGUUUGUGGGUUGGCUUGAUAUGUGGCCUCGUGGCUCAAAAUAUCUCUCUUUUUAUAGUUACUCGAUCCCAGAAUUGGACUACAUUUGGGCUUUCUCCUGAUGGUAAUGAAAAAUUGGGCUUAGUAUGAUUGUACAUUCUAAUCCAAUUCUGGGGAUUAAUUAUGAGUACCUCCAAUCAGAUAUACAUUGUCGUCUAGAUUAUGGGUGAGAAACAAGCUCGAGUUCGUUGUAUUUAUUGGCUUCAAUAUAAAACUCUUACUUCUCACUUGUACUAUGAUGACGUAUCUAGAUUGGAGAGAUGAUAUGGUAUAGAUUUUUUGUGUGUGUAUGUAGAGAACCAUAUGAUGUAAGUUGGAUUUAGAUGUGAUUUGAUGAUUAAUUGUCCAUGUUGAUCCCGAGCAAACCGUGGAAACUAGCAAUGAUGAUUAUUCAAUGUAUACAUAUUACGAGCCACAUGCGGGAACUUCGAAUAACUCACAUGAUUCCGUGCACGACGCAAAUGAAGAUUUAGAUGAGACCUCAAAAGCAUCUACUUCAUUUAAAUGGGAAUUUCAUAGCUUCUCCGAGUUCUCCCCUGUCUUCUAUCAUUAUGUCUUGUUUUGCUUUUAGGUUAAAAGAAACACACCUUGUUAUUUCAUUUAGGUCCACUCACUUUCAUAUGUGUGUUCUUAAUUUUAUAUUUGGCCCUAUUGUCCAUUAUUAUUUCUUUUCUUUAGGUUUCUCUUAAUCUCUGUAUAUAUAUGUGCCUUGCAUUGUUGAUAGAUAUUAGGUUGUAAGAUAUAUUAUUCACUUUCUUCAUUUAUUUCAAAUACACACAAAAAAAUCAUUGAGAUGA